AUGACAUAUAUAAAUAAAAAGCAUUAUCCUUUGCUCCCAAACCCACCAAAAUAUUUCUGUUUAUGUGUCCCCUUGCUUCCAUUCCAUUCUGUGUAUGCUCUCCAGGUGCAUUCUUCCAAGCCUCUCAUCACAAAUUCCUACAAAGAAAAUAAUAUCACAAGCAGAAAAAAAAAAUCUCUGUUUUUCCCCCUCUUCUGUAUUCUCCUUGAUUUCUUGUCAGAACAAAAUCCAAAAAACAUGGGGGAAGUUGCAGGAAAUCGACAUGAUCAGGCUUUCUUGGGCGGGUUGAAUUUGAUGAAGGAGGAGAAGAAGAGAUGGGCAAUGGAGGAAGACAAAUUCUUCUUCGAAUCAAGAUCUGUUCUUGGCGGUAGUAAUAAUCAUAAGAACGAAGAACAGCCAACUUCAUCACAAUCAUCCAUUGGUUCCCCUUCUCUCGACACGACGUCGUCUUGCUUCUCCGAUGACGACGACGACGACGCGUCGUCGUCUUCUCGUUCUCCGAUGGGUUCGGCCUCGUCCUCCAAUUCCUCGUCUUCUUCCACAUUGGCUGCCAAGAACAUGAAUAAUAACAGCAGCCCUCUUUACGAGUUGUCAGAGCUAAUGUCCCAGCUCCCAAUCAAGAGGGGAUUGUCGAGAUUCUACGACGGGAAAUCGCAGUCUUUCGCGUCGCUAGGGAGCGUGCAGAGCUUGGAGGAUCUGGUGAAGAAGGUGCCAUCAGGGAGGAUUCUGAAGAUGAAGUCGAAGUGCAAGAGCUUCUGUUGGGGCUUGGAGAGGCAGAGGAAGCACUGCUAUGGCCCGAAACCGGCCAUCUCCAAGAAGGGUGGAGGUUCAAGUUCCAGGGUUUCCUGUUUUUCUUCACUCGCGAAAACGCCUUCUUCUUCUUCUUCUUCUUCUGCUACCGCUUCCUCUGUACAUCAAACGAGCUACUUGGUUUGAAAGAGAGUGUGAAAUCCAAAUCAAACCCAUGUUCAGGUUUCAAUUUUGGCGGAUUGGGUCUUCGUUGUAUUGCCAUAAAGGUAUCGGCUUUAUAGCAAAGCACCACCGGUAGUAGUAGUGUUAUGAUCAUGUUUAUAUGACUGAUCAGGUCUCUAAUUAGGGUAUAGAAGAACCCAGAAAAGAAAGUGAUUGAUUGUUUGAUUACUUACUUACUUACUUACUGACCUAACAGAGAGAGAGAUGUUAUGGUUUCAACGGAAGGGAAGUUUUCAUGUUGUUCGUUGAUUUAUGAAAAGGGUAUUUCUUUUCUGCAUUUUUUCUUGUUAUCCUUUGUUUCGGUUUCAAAACUGCAAAUCAGAACUCUACUGAGAGAGAUCAAAUGCCUUGCAUUGCAAGCUUUGUGUGGCGUGUAGAGGGUCUCUCCUUUUGGAAGAGUUUCCUUUUUUUGGUUCAUGAGGUGGGAGAGUUCAGGGGGAUUUGGUUUCUUGAUGG